UGCUUUGAAAACGGCAUUUAUUUAUUUUUCCCCGUCUCAUUUUCUCUUUGCUUUCAUUUUGUCACACAUUCUCCCUCCAGAAAAUGUCUGCAUGCAUAGCAAAGUGUGGCAGGAUCCGUCACAUUGUUCAACUCAGGCAAUUGCUAAGGAGAUGGCGCCAAAAAGCAGCAUUAAGAAGCUACAACUCCUCCUCAGCAACCAAGAAGAUCCCAACAGAUGUCCCUUCAGGGCAUGUAGCCGUUGCAGUAGGAAACAGUGGCAAAAGAUACAUUGUACGUGCGAGUCACCUUAACCAUCCAAUCUUCAAGAAAUUGCUAGUUCAGGCUGAAGAAGAAUAUUGUUUUGGUAAUAAUCAUGGUCCACUAGCCAUUCCAUGCGAUGAGUCUCUUUUCGAAGAAAUUCUUCGAUUUCUAUCUAGAUCCGAUUCGAGUAACUCCGCUCGGUUUUUCACUCUUGAUGAUUUUCAAAGACACUGUAAUGCCAGGUUGAGAUCAACAACAGCUCUAGAUUUUUGGUCAGAUUCUAGGCCACUUCUUAAAGGUCAUUGUGACAAAUCGAUCUGGUAAUUUUCUGACUCGGUUUAGGUUUAUCAAGACUCUCAAGUGUCAAGUGGCAGCCGUGCCUGACUCGGUUUAAUUGACCGAGUUCAAGAGCAAUGAAAGCAAGUUCAAGGGUGAACCGACCGAGUUUGAUGAGAAGAUGGGCGAUGGGUUACUAAAAUUCUUUAUACAAGUUUAAACGGAUAUUGAGAUUAAUUUUGAUUUGGAGAAUCAAAUAGGAGAUGGCAUUUGGUGAGUUUAAACCGAGUCGUCCCGUAAUGAAUCGGAGGAAAAAUCAAAAUUUUAGUUAAGGUGACAAAAAGAUGAUAGAGAGUGAGAG